AUGGAGCCCUUUGUGUACAGCCCUUUGCCUCACAAGAUCAUCUUUGGACGGGGUUCAAUCCGUCAACUUCCGGAAUGCCUUCAGCAACUUGGUUUCCGUCGGGCCCUCGUCCUAUCGACGCCCUACCAACUCGACCAAGCCAAACAAAUCACCGAUAUUCUCGAGUCGCACGUCGAAGACAGUUGGAUUUUCUCCGAAGCCACAAUGCACACUCCCUUGAAUAUCACCGAGAAGGCCCUCGCGUUUUGCCAGACGAAUAACCCCGACGUUCUGGUAUCUAUUGGUGGCGGUAGUACCACCGGCCUCGGCAAGGCGAUCAGCUUCCGCAAGGGCAUCUACCAUAUCUCUAUCCCGACUACAUACGCUGGUAGCGAGGUGACGCCAAUUCUUGGUGAAACUGUUGAUGGCAUUAAGACGACCAAGACACAGAUGGAAAUCUUGCCUAAAACUGUUAUAUACGACGUCAACUUGACCCUCACGCUUCCACUUCCCAUGUCGCUCACCAGCAUCAUCAACGCUAUCGCGCAUGGCGUCGAAGCGCUCUACGCUCCCAACUUGAACCCUAUCGUUAGUCUAAUGGCCGUCGAAGGUGUGAGGUCUCUCGCAAACGGAUCAUACGAGCUACUCAACGAUCCCGAUUCCAUCGUGGCACGAUCGACUUGCCAAUAUGGCGCUUGGCUCUGCGGAACUUGCUUAGGCAGCGUUGGAAUGUCUCUGCAUCACAAGCUUUGCCAUACACUAGGUGGCUCUUUCAACCUGCCCCAUGCCGAGACGCAUACUAUUGUUCUCCCGCAUGCGUUGGCGUACAACGCCCCCAAGGUUCCGCAGGCCAUGAAGGCCCUGGCUGGGGUGUUUCCAGACAGCCAGGGAGAUGCUCUACGCGGUCUCAACACACUGCUCAACAAGUUGGGUGUUCCACGAAGCUUGAAGUCCAUUGGAUUUAAAGAAGAGGAUAUUGAUAAGGCAGCUGAUAUUGCUGUCAGUAAGUCUUAUGCUAAUCCCAGGGAGAUUGAUCGAGAUCUUAUCCGGGAAGUCAUUAGAAGGGCAUGGGCUGGAGAAGAUGCAAGGGCAGAUUUGUAA